AGUUUUCUCUUAUUUUAUGCGCGAUGCUCGUUGUGCAUUCAGUUUUGCUUGAUCUGUGGUAAGACACUGAGCGUUGAGUUUGUUUUGUUGAAUGUGCUCAGUUCGUAGUUUUUGUGAACCUAGUGCGACCGGCUCGUUCAACUUGCCAUCAUGUUAGGCCUAGGCGCGGUGAAGUUCGCCCGCAAGUGCGAGGUGCGCUUUCCGCAAGAAACCAAACGUGGGCUUGCCUUGCGAACUUGCCGUUAAGGGAAGCGAAAGCGCACUAUAAUUCGCACAUGCUUGACACGCGGUAACAUCUAAGGGUGUUCAUUCCCCACAUGCACCCAGAAAAACAGAUUGCCUCUUCAGUGUGCCAGAGCCCGUUUUGUUGGUUCCCCAGAGGAGGCGUGGAACGCCUGGAGGUACAGCUCAGACACUCAGGCUUUUUGCUUGGGUGCAGAGUAACAGCAAGACUGAAGAGAGUGAGGCCAUACUAGGGUUUGAGUGCCCUUGAGCAAGUGGAAACAGCAUGGCAUCCGUUGAGGAGCACCAGGAACUUGCAGUUGGCAGCAGUGAUGCAAGUGACGGUGAAGGCUCUGUUACUGGGAGCUUAGCUGGACCACAAUCACCCGAAGAACCAGAGAAUGCGCUUGAAGAGGGGGAAGCAGUGGCUGAGAGAAAGAGCGAGGAGGCAGCAGUGCAGGAAGCUGAAACUGUUACUGCUGCACCAAGCCACUCUCCUGGGGGCUGCAAUGAGGGGGUUGUUGAGAGUGAGGAAGAGGGCGCUGUUCAUAGCCCAGAGCCUGCACCACAACUGCACUUAACCGAGGACAUCAGCGAGGAUGCCAUGGAGGCAGCCCCAGCUGUGCCCAUGGCAAAAAAGUGCCUCAACAGCCGCUCUAUGGAGCCCCUGGAAGGAGAGCUGGACUUUGAGGAUGAUGCUCCACCGGAGUCACCUAGCGGCACCUCACUUCUUGACAAAGCGCCAAAUAAAGACGGCAAGGACAGCAAACCAAAAGUAAGAACAGUUUUUAUUAUCACCUUCUGUUCUGAGGAUCUGAAUCCAAUACACUUAAAUCUCGUUAUAACGAAGUCGAACGGGCGCCGAAUUCUUUUCGUUAUUACCAUUAGUUCGUUAUAGCCACUGACUAAUUAU